AUGCCUCACGCAACGGAAGAAAUGUCACUUCUUAUUAGUAACACCAACGACAAUAUCACUAACAACGACAAUAACGGCAAUGUUAGCACUUCCUCCUCUGUCACUUCUUCUCCAUUGUCGUCUGCAUCAUUAAACACCAACCACGUAGUCGAUCAGUCUGACAAUAUGGGUCCACCUAACACUUUUGUCUGUUGCGGGGAAAUAAUCCAAAACAUUCCUGAUUUCUUGGAACAUACUGAUACGGCCCAUCCUGGUUUCAUUAAUGACCAGAACUACGGAAUGCUUUCAUUUAAUGCUAGCAUUACUUACUCUCAAGGUCAUGGAAUUCCUAUCUCAAUUCCUAAUAACAGAAAUAACGGUGUUUAUGGACAUGCAUACUUGACCAAUGGAAAAAAGAUUUUGAUGAAUGAAGCAGAUGCCACGUUCAAUAAUGAAUUUUAUUUAACAAAUCAGAUAGCAUUGUCCAGCAGCAACUAUUGUAAUUAUGAUUACAACAAUAAUUAUACCUAUGGUUUAAAAGAUCCAAAUGAUGCAUCUGUCAUCCUGGGAAACCAAGUCUUGUCAGAUCGCUCAUCUGUUCCAGGAAGCUUGGAUAAUGAUCCUCUCAUCUUUGGUUCUUUUCCUUAUAACGAUGACAAUAAUAAUCAAUAUUCCACCGCUUCAUCACCAUCAUCAGAUAAUUCAUCUAUUUCAGGAAGCUUAGAAGAUGAUCCUCUAUUCUUUGUAUCUAAUAGUAGUAUUUCAUCAACUUCCACGACUUAUUCACCGGAAACAAUUUCUGCAACAUACUCACCGACAUCAUCAGCUGCCGCAACUUCUUCAUUAGUCAAGAUGGUAAAUAAUAAUGGUGAUACUGUAAUCAAUCAAACAGCAGCGACAUAUAUUCCUAAUAAUGUGCUCGUUUCCUCUCCCACUACAUACUCUAAUUCUAUCAACACAACCACUAGCACCGCCAUUGCCUCAUCAUCAACUUCAUCAAACGCCUCACUAGUCAAUAACAAUCAAACAGCCGCAACAUAUAAUAUCCCAACCACACAAUACCCAGUCAACUAUUCUCUUUUUUAUAAUGUUCCAUCUGUUUGCACCAACAACAAUGGAACUGUUGACUAUGCUUCAAGAUACCCAAGAAUCCAGCCAAAAACUUCAAUUACCUUGGCUGAUAUUUGUGUUGACCCAACAAAAUCAUCAAAGAAACAUCUUUCAACACAAUCGGAAGACAAAUACCCUUACAAAUGCACCAUCCUUGGUUGCCCAAAGGUGUAUAAAAAUGCCAAUGGAUUAAAAUAUCAUAAUGAACACGGUCACGUAGAACAGAAUGAUAAUGGCCGUUCAAAACCAUUCCCAUGUCGUGUCGCCGGAUGUAAUAAGUCAUACGGAAGCAAAGGUGGCUUGAUCUAUCAUAUCAACCAUUCUCAUCCUCAAGAUGUAUGGGCAUUACCAUGA